AUGUCGAAAUCUAACCCUGAAACGGCUUUUGGCGAAUUGUCGAAGAAAGUAGCAGCGCUGACAUUGAAGAUUUUGAACCAAUCGACUCUGAUUGAGGCACAAAAUAAGAAGAUUGAAGAUCAACAGCUGACUAUUGAUAAGAAUUCUACCAUCAUAAAUAACCUGGUGAAGGUAGUUGGAGAAUUAGUUUCAAAAAUUGAUAAACUGGUGACAUGA